GUCGAGAUCCUUCAUGGGACCACUGAGCCAGCAUGGGAUCUCAUCAAGCAGUCCGGUUGGCUGAGCAGGAUGAAGCGAAAUCAUAUCCACCUGGCGAGGGCACGUCCAGGUGUCGAAGGUGUGGGGAGUGGCAUGAGACCAAACUCCCCGCUUCUGAUCCACAUCGACCUCAUCAAUGCUCUCCGUGAUGGAGUGCCUUUCCACCUCGCGAGCAAUGGCGCUCUUUUGACUGCAGGCGUCGACGAGAAGGGGGUGCUACCGCUCAAAUACGUGAUCAAGGUGGAAAGCAGGAAGGGGGAGGUAGUCUGGGAGAGGGAUUAGAUGAGGAAGGCAGGGGAAGCAGGGGUGUGGGGUGGGAGGCGAUGUCUCGUAGUGACUCCUGCUCUUCAAUGCAACAGGGCUA